AGACAAAACAUCUCAAAUGAAGAGGGAAUUGGAGGAAAAAAUAAGGCAGCGAAGAAAGGAAAGAGAACUAGAAGAAGAAAAUGAAGCAAGAGAACGUGAAAGAAAACGUAUUCAAAUGGGUCAAGAAAUUGCCGAGAGAAAGCGCAUUAUGCAGGAACAGGAGAUGAAACGUAUUGCUGAGGAACGGAAGAGGGAGAAGAUGGAGGAUAAGAUUGCCAGGCAAAAAGUCAAAGAUCAAAUUGAGCGAGACAGACUAGCUAGGAAGGAAAUGUUUGCCAGUAGAGAAGGUGGCUCCCAGGCUCCUGUUAUGCCUGCCAAGCCUCAGCCAGCACCUGCCACACAAUCAACACAAAAGAAAGAAUACACGACAGCUAGACUUCAGAUUCGGCUACCAAGUGGAACACCACUAGUACAAGAAUUCAAAGCCAAGGAAUCUUUAUCUGCCGUGCGUCUUUGGAUUGGCCUCAACCGCCAGGAUGGUCUUCCAGCAGAUGCCCCAUUUAAACUAUCCACAUCAUUUCCACGAAAGGUGUUUUCUGAUGAAGAUAUGGAUAAGCCUUUAGAUGUUUUAGGUAAGUUCACUUUUUUAUUAACUUCAAGAGCUGAAACACUAAUUUAAAGCAUCUGUUUGUGA